UCCGACAACAAACGACGCAAACGGAUCGGGGGUGAGACGAAAUCGCAUCAGCAAAGAUGGCCCCUUGAUUCAACAGGUAGUCCGUGUUGAUUUUUGUGUUUUCGUCGAAAAAAAUGUAGUUGCGCGGUUGUUUUCGGUUGAAUUUAUAGUUCUCGCGAUCAGUUCCGAUCUAACGCGUAUAGAAGUGCAUGAAUAGUGUCGAGUUUUGCGCAGGAGGCACGGUGAAUCUUGGUUUCGAUGUUGCCACAAGUGUUUUGCUCCGUUUACGCCUCGGAAAAUGUUGACAUUGCUGAGCGAACUGCGCUUCUGGUCUACCAAGGAGGACAUCCUCAUCAAGGACACCGAUCUGGGAGCGGCCAAGUACUUCGAGAAGAAGUCGGACAGUGCUAAAUCGAUAUAUUCCGAAGGCAAGAGGCUAUACUUUGAGUCGCGGGGCUGCAAAUGGAGCGUGGACAAUAAAAAGCCCAACCGGCUGAGGAAUGCUUUGAAGCUGUUGGAGGAAGAGCUCAAGCAGAGACGCAUCGCUUUCUGCAAGUGGAAGAACAAUGUCAUCCUUCAGAUUAUGCUCUCGAAUGGAUUGCUCAUCCACAUCUUCAUCAAUCCGUUCAAUGGGGACAUCAAUCGCGUAUACUUCGACAAGUACUUCAUUGGAAAGCUCAUUUCCGAGCAGAUAACUGACGUGAUAAUCACCCAAACGCACAUUCUGAUAUCGUACAAUGAGAACCAGAUUACGUUCGUCCACCUCCAAAAACCGACCGCCAGGAAGAACAACCUCGAAAAGAUCAGCCUCAUGGACCCGAAGAUCUACAACGUUAUCAUCGGAGGGCCCACGGCGCGAAAAAUCCCCAAGCACUUGGUUUGCAGCAGCUCACAGGAAAUGGUCAUUGUGUGGACCAAAUCCUCCCAGAAUGAAGUGUACCCCUGGCGACCCACGGUGAAGGACCAGGACCGGGCCAAUCUGCACGUGUACAAACUGAACGGGGCCAAGAUGGAACUGCUGUGCUACUACUGGACCGAGUACGAUCCCAUUUCGGUGGAUUUCUCGCUGCUGAAUGGCUUCCAGGUGCACUCGGUGGAGCAGAAAAUAUCCAAAAAGGGUGACGUGACCAUAGACAGCUGUAUAUACCAGAUUCACAAAACGAAGAUGCGGCGGGUGGCGGUGACGUCGAUUCCCCUGCAGACGCAGGUUUGCUGCAAUGCGUUCAGCCCGGACCACGAGAAGCUCAUGCUGGGAUGCAUCGACGGGUCGGUCGUGCUGUUCGACGAAGGCCGAGGGAUCACACACCUCGUUAAGGCAGCUUUUAUUCCCACCUUUGUUUCGUGGCACAGCGACUCAUCGAUCGUGAUGAUCGCCAACGAGAAGGGCCAACUGCAGUGCUUCGACAUUGCCCUGUCCUGUGUUCGCACCCAGUUGAUGAGUGAAGAUGUAGUCCCGUCCAGUAUAUUGGAUCUGUCGAAUUACUUUGCCCAUCCAUACAAUCUUGCCAAGCUGUGUUGGAGUAGGAAACCGGAAAUAACGGAACACUUUGAGAAGAACGCCAUCACUGAUUGCUUCUUGCUGUUGGCUUUUGAGAAUGGUCCACUAGGAUGUGUUCGGUUCGUUGGUGGAACCGGAUUGAAGGGUGACGUCCAUACUUCAGGUCUAACGGCUGACGUGUUGAUCCACAAGUACAUCUCGCUGAACCAGGUGGAGAAAGCGAUCAACAUACUGCUGAGCCUAAACUGGGACACGUACGGCGCCAUGUGCCUUCUGUCCCUACACCGAAUAGCAAACUAUAUUUUUAAGCAGCCCUUGGGCACGGAGAGGGAGUUGCAACUGCAGAAAGCCUUGGGCAGUUUUCUGGUACCUGUGAAACCGUUAUGCUAUGAGACUGAAGUGGAAUUUGGCGACCAGGUGAACGACAUCACGUUGCGGUUCUUCCACUACCUGCUGCGGAACAAGUCGUACAACAAGGCGUUCAGCUUGGCCAUCGAUAUCAACGAUGCGGAUCUGUUCCUCAAACUACACGACAAGGCGAAAACCGAUGGCGAUGUGGAGCUGGCCAAAGAGGCACUGAAGAAGGUGGACGUUAUCAACCGGAUAUGUACGGAUAGGAGCGAUAGCGAACAUUCUUUAUGCUCCAAUUCCUCAUGUUCUCUGUGUGCGGAAAGCUUCGACGAAGACGAUGAAGAUGAUGACGAGGGAUCGGAACGGGAAAGUUCCCAAGUGCAGAUGCCACGUGCUGCCAAAAUAACUAGCACCGACGCUGUCAGUUUCAAAUCGUACUCCACUUCGUCCAGUUCGUCCAAGUCGUCCCAGAUAAGGAACGGCGCUGUGAAACAUCCUCCCUUGCCCAAAACUACAGAGGGCAGUAGUGCCAGCAGCAGUAUAGCGACACGAACCGCGACAGCCAACGUUCGUUCAAAGUCCGAGUUCAGCAACGAUCGUCCACCGUUACCGUACGUUCCGAAGAAAGCACCGACCACCACAAUGCAACGGAGCCAAACGGCUAUGGCGCUGAAGCUUAGCAAACACCAACAGUCGAGAAUAGCUCAGACUAGGCUGAAAGGAAAAUCAUUGAGCUCAAGUAAUUUGCUUUCUGUUUCGGAUAACGUGUCUCCUUACUUUGGGUCGUCUAUCCAGCGGGGUAACGUGCGAGCUCGCUUAAAUCCUAGGGAAAAGGCGGCCAAACUGUACGCUUCUCCUGCAAACAGUUUAUCGAUGGAGCAGCUUGAUAUAUCCAAUCGAAAUUCCAGGCCGUUCUAUGUAGAUUUUGUAGAAAACUCAGUCGCUUCCAGACCUCCUCCUAACGGUCAACACGUCGUUAUCGAUGUGGUACCAAAACCAAUAAGCUCUCCAAAUGCGCUGAAUUAUCCACCAGCCAACAUACUCGACCAAACGAUUGGUAUCCCUCUAGUACAAGAUGAACCGGACUUCGCCCGACGCCCUCGGAAACCUUGGUUUACCUCGCAAGCCCCGCAACCGCAGUUCCGAAGCAUUCCGAACCCCUCGAACUUGAACAACGCUCCUCGAACUGUGAUCCACCAGUAUCCGCUCAUUUCCGGCAACAUUCCGUCCAAGUUCCAAUCGAAGUACAACCAACAACCUCCGGAGGUUAUCGACCGACUGCGAAUGCCCCGGCGGAAGGAACCGGCCGCAUCCAUUCUGUCCAACAGUACAAACUCCUCGCUGGCAAUGGCUGGCCCCUCAUCGGCCGGGUUCCCCCAACAACCGGGCAGUUCGUCCUCGUCUUCCUCCGCCAAGAAGGAGAGCGGCGAAAAGAACAAGGUCAAAUUCUCCGACACUGUGACGGUGGCUGUCGUACCGGAAAUUCCUCGCAAGGAUAAACUGGGCGAGAAGUCCCGCAAACCUCCCUACAGUUCAAUGAUUGCCGAUCCGAAACGGGAAUUGGCGGAAAGUUUACCCCUGUGCCAUCCAAACGAUGACUAUCUCAAAGAUUUUACCCCCAUGCAAGAAAUAAUGAGCAAUGAUCAGCAACAGCAGCCACACCACCAUCAGCAGCAGGAAAAUGCCGACAACGACAAUAAGAAAAUACCCAACAUCAAAGUGGUUCAUUUUGGUGUGGUGUAACUGAAAUGGCCAAUGAUCCAACGAAUCCUCCUCAAGUAUUCCGUCCAGUGAAGCUGAAUCAGUAUUUUUUAAAUGUUAAACAGAGACACUGUUUCUUGUUAUAUUAUACAUAUUUUCAUGUUGUAAAUAUUCGAACCGUACUUAAGUCUCUACAUAAUUGUAUAUUUAUUAGUAUACACAGGCAAUAAUUUACAAUAUAAUAUAUUUUGAAUAAUGCA